CUGUAAUUCCAUGUGGGUCCACCUACUCUACCUAAGCACUUAAGUAUCCCUUUCCGUUACUUAACUUACUUUCCAACCGCCAUCAUGUUACCAGAAACAGCCUCAGUUCUUAUCAUUGGCGCAGGCCCUACCGGCCUCGCUGCUGCCAUUGCACUCGUCAAACAAGGUAUCAGUGACAUCGUUGUCGUCGACGCCCAAUUACAAGGCCAGAACUCUUCUCGCGCUAUUGUCGUUCACGCGGCAACCUUGGAAGCCCUUGAGAGCAUAGGAUGCGUAGAUGCCGUCAUCGCUAAAGGCGUGAAGGGUAGGGGAAUGAUGUUCAACAGGAACACCGCUACGUUUAUCUCUGCCGAGUUCAAGGGCUUGUUGGCGCCGUAUACUCGCUACGACUUUGUAUUGCUCGUACCCCAGACAGUGGUUGAAGACGUGCUUUAUGCAGAGCUCGUUCAGCAGGGCGUUCAAGUGCUACGUCCCCAGCGCGUUGUUGGUAUGGCAAGCAACACAGACCACAAAGGCCUGAAUGUGACCUUUGAGUCUGGAGAAGUUAUCAGGGCAGACUAUGUCAUUGGUGCUGAUGGGAAAAACUCCGUCGUCCGUGAACUUGCUGGUAUAUCGUACGCCGAUCCUGACAACGCCCCCAUUGAGGACUCCGUUGCCCAACUAGUACUAGCAGACGUGGUGUUCUUCCCUCGAGAUACUUCUCUCUCUGACGAUUGCUUGAUGGCUCAUGUCUCACCUUCGGGCGUGUUCUUGACGCUCCCACUGCCUUCCUAUCACUCCGAUUUAGCAUCAGACGACAUGGUACAUAGAAUCAUCUUCAACAUCCCUGCGUCGUUAGGCGCUCCACCUUCCGAUCCGUCGACGGAGUACCUCCAGAACCUCCUAAACACUCAAGGUCCUGCUCAUAUGUCUUCGGAUCCAGCCGUAAACCAACAGCCCAUCCAUAUCGCAAAAACUGUGUGGUCAUCAAGGUACAAGACAAGUUCCGCCAUUGCUGGUACGUUCUUCAAGCCAUUGCAUAACGAGGAAGGGUCCUGGGGCGGCAGAGUAGUAAUUCUCGGUGAUGCGGCACACACUCAUUCACCUUUUGGAGGCCAAGGGAUGAAUCUUGGAAUCAGAGACGCAGUAUUCUUGGCGCCCGCACUGAAAAAGAGUCUUUCGGAGAACACGGAUGACGAACUGGAAUCCUGGGCCGCAACGAGACGCACACGGGCAUUGACGACAAUACAGAUGACGAAACAAAUCGCUGCUUCAAUGAGUCAUAUCCUUUCUCCGAACAGAUUUGUAGCAUUUGUAUCUUUUUGGAUAUUUAGGUUUGUGACAAGAUUUGCGUUCAUGAGGCGUAUGGCUGCUUGGAGACUAAGCGGGCUAGGAAAUCGCUGACAUUGUGAACUACUACCACUGUUGAAGAAAUGAAGCAUACAAAAAUCUAAAAAUUGACCCCUCUCCUCAUUUGAUAUUUUUAUCAGUAAUGAGACCCCAUGGCACGAAGUCAAAUCUCAGU